CUCAGUUCAGCCCAUCUAAACGUUUUAUUAUCACCAAGACUUUUUUUUGCAAUAUGUUGACAGCCGAGAGCUCAGAAAGCUUUAAUAAGCUAAACUUGGACGAAAACUGGGACCAAACGGAUACGUCGUCGGAUCUACCCGAAGAACCUAUUCUGGUCCCCAACCCAAAGCGUUUUGUUCUGUUUCCAGUCCAGUUUCAUGAGGUGUGGCAGGCCUACAAAAUUGCCGAGUCGAGGUUCUGGACUGCAGAGGAUGUCGAGCUGUCAGAGGACGUACAGGCGUGGAGCAGUAUGUCUGGAAAGGAGCGAGCAUUCAUUAUGCAUGCUGUCGGAAUGAUAGCCGGCAAUGAUGCGAUGAUUGGAGAGACUGUGGACUCAAAAUUGAGCGACGACGUUCAGAUACCGGAAGCCAGAUGCUUUUUCGGGUUUCAAAUGAUGCAGAGGAACAUUCAUGCAGAAUUGUUCACAGUUGUAAUGGAUAUCUACUGCAAACCAGCGGAAAGAGACUAUGUGUUUGACGGCCUGAAGCAGUUACCCAGUAUCAGCAAAAAGACAGCGUGGGUCCAGCGGCAUAUAACGGAUUCAAGCGAACAUUUCUCUGUUCGCCUUGCUGCCCUGGCCAUUUACAAUGCAGUGUUUCAGUCUACCGUCAUCGCCUGUCUUCUUUAUUUGGCGGCACCGAACCGUCCUGCAGCUAGCUCAACCACGCGAACCGCGCCUUACCUUCCUGGUCUUAUUCGCGGUCUAGCUCGGCUCAAUCGGGAUAAUGAGACCUAUUAUCGAUUUUGCAACCUUCUCGGCAGCAUUUUGGUGAACCGUCCUCCGACAAGCAUUAUCCAUAUGAUGGCUAAUGAAGCGGCAGAAAUAGAGAAGCAAGUCUUUGCGGAUAUCCUGAGCAUCUGUGGUGGCACUAUCACUUUGCUUGGUCAUCCCAUCGAGGCGGCGCAAAUUGAACAGCGGAUACGAUAUGUGACGGAUAAAAGUUUGGUGGGCAUGGGCUUUUCGAAACUCUAUAAAGUAGAGAAUCCGCUGCCGUGGAUGGACGAGGUUUUGGCAACUGAAACCGGUGACGAAGCACCAACGCAGAAACAGCCACCGUCAGGGAGCUCCAAUGGAGGUGGGCAGCAAAUGACUUCUGACGAAGGGUUUACAAUCGAUGCCGACUUUUGAGGACACGGGGUAUUGUUUGUAUGCAGAUUAUUUAUUGGUGUUAAAUAGCUACGUAUGUCAAUCGAUGGCAUGCUAUAUUACAGGGAUUCUGUGGGCCACGUUUGAUGGAAUGAGGUAUUCGAGCUAAUGCAGUACUGGCGAACAUGUUGAUCUAUGUCUGCCUAGCUAGAACUUAUUCUUCAUCCACAAUGUACGUGUCGUAUAUCAGCCGCUGAACGAAUGACGGCGGAUGGGUUCCACUGCAGGCUGUGGUCAGAGAAACGUUUCGUAGAAAUAGUUAUGCAAUUGUGUACACUUACACAUUCGUGAUGAAAAGUGAGACGUCUUCUGGUCCCACAUAGUCAAAGUGGGGAUUCACUAUAUCGACGCUAUCAAUGAUAUCGCCUAAACGGUA